AUGAUGGCUACAACUUCUUCUGUAGCGGUCGCCCAGGGUAGAGCGACGUGGCGCGGGCAUCGCCUUUGCCAUCAGAAACGACAUCGUCGGACGACUGUCUCGUCUGCCGCAGGGCAUCAACGAUCGACUGACGAGCCCCAAUCUGCCUCUUCGGGGAUCCAACUUCGUCUUAUCAUCAGCGCCUGCGCCCCAACAAUUACCGACUCAGACAAAACGAAGUCCAAGUUCUACGAAAACCUGCACGCCCUCCUGGCGUCUGUGCCGAAAAUGGAUAAUUUGACUGUCCUUGGUGACUUCAGCGCCCGCGUCGGCACAAACCAUUCUGCCUGGGAAGGAGUGCUGUGUCCCUACGGAAUCGUCCGCUGCAACGACAAUGGCCUCCUCCUCCUCCUGCGAGCCUGCGCUGAGUACCGUCUCCUGCUGACCAACCUAUUCUUCCGCCUGAAGAUGGGGAAGAAGUCCACCUGGAUUAACCUCCGAUCGCAGCGCUGGCAGCUGCUGGACUAUGUUCUCGUCCGGCGGCGAGAUCAGCUGGACGUGAUGGUGACCAAGGCGAUCUUCAAGACUGAUGGCUUGACAGGUCAUCGCCUCGUCAUCUCCGAGAUGCGGCUUCGUCUACAACCCUACAGGAGACCAUAA